AUGACACAAACUUUUCAGCCCGUUCCACUGCUGGCUGUUCAGAUUGGAGCCACUGUGACUUUUCAGUGUUUUUUCUCAAAGUAUGAAACUGAGUAUGUAGUCUGGUUUAAGCACACUGUUGGAGGGAAACCUCAUCAUAUAGCAACAACUCAUAAAUAUUCAAAUCCUGUGUUUUACAAAGAGUUUGAGCAUGGGCGCUUCAAAAUACAUUCAGAUGAGAGCAGCAACAACUUGACAAUUUCUGAAAUUCAGGAAUCAGAUUUUGCAACAUAUUACUGUGGGAAAGUCAUAAAUUAUGAAAUGAUUUUUUUAACUGGAACUUUCCUCAUCAUAAAGGAACUACAAUCCAACAGCAGGGCUGUGGUGCAGCAGCUGAUAUCAGACACAGUACAUCCAGGAGACUCGGUGACUCUGCAGUGUACAGUAGACAGUGAGACCUGUGCAGGAGAUCACAGUGUUUACUGGUUCAGACACGGCUCAGGAGAAUCCCUUCCGGGACUCAUUUACACCCAUGGAAACAGGAGUGAUGAGUGUGAGAAGAGCCCUGAGGCUGGGUCUCCUACACACAACUGUGUCUACAGCCUCCCCAAGAGGAACCUCAGCCGCUCUGAUGCUGGGAUUUACUACUGUGCUGUGGUCACAUGUGGGGAGAUACUGUUUGGAAAUGGAACACAUGUGAACAUUGAAGAAACUGCUGUGAAUCCUGUACUCCUCGGCUUGGGAGCUGCUUUGGUUUUAUGCCUCAUUCUUAUUAUUGCCCUUGUCUGCUACAUAUAUAAGAACACAAGUAAGAUGUCCCUUUAG